AUGGAAGCCUUCGUCCACCGCACCAUCUCCGCGGACGGGUCGGUGUGCUCGAGCAACCUCUCCAUAUCCACCACCCAGCUGCUGGAACUAGCCUCCGCAGACUCGCCCUCCAUCAGAAGAAUCGGAUGGCAUAUUAUAGGGGGGAUAUCCAAUGCGGUGGACACGAGAACAUUCGCGUACUUCCCCAUGAACGCGAGCGCCGCCGGGUUCGCGGGGGAGAUGCUGUCCGUCGGCCUCAACGUCGUCCCGUUCGUGUGGGCCGCGUCGCCGGCCGCCGCAGAGCUCGAGGGCGUCGUGAUGGACUGGGUGGGCAGGCUGCUCGGGCUGCCUCAGCGGUUGCUCUUCUCCGGAGGCGGCGGCGGCGUCCUGCAGGGGAGCACGUGCGAGGCCGUGGUGUGCACGCUCGCCGCCGCGCGGGACCGCGCGCUGGCCAGGCUGGGGCACGCGGCCAUCAUGAAGCUGGUGGUCUACGCCUCCGACCAGACGCACGUCACCUUCCAGAAGGGCGCGCGGCUCGUCGGCAUCCCGCCGUCCAACUUCCGCGUCGUCCCGACGUCAGCGGCCUCCGGGUACGGCCUGGCCGCGGACGCCGUGCGCGCCGCGGUCGAUCGCGACGUCGCGCGCGGCCUGGUGCCGCUGUACCUCUGCGCCACUGUGGGCACAACGGGGCUGGGCGUGGUGGACCCCGUGCGCGAGCUCGGGGAGGAGGCGCGGCGCCACGGCAUGUGGCUGCACGUCGACGCCGCGUACGCCGGCAGCGCGGCCAUCUGCCCGGAGUUCCAGGGCUACCUCGACGGCGCCGAGCUCGCCGACUCGGUGAGCAUGAACCCGCACAAGUGGUUCCUCACAAACUCGGACUGCUGCUGCCUGUGGGUCGCGAGCCCCCGUGCCCUCACCUCCGCGCUGUCCACCGACCCGGAGUACCUCAAGAACGUGGGCACAGACGGCACGGGGAACCCGGCCGCCAUAGACUACAAGGACUGGCAGAUCUCCCUGUCGCGCCGGUUCCGCGCCAUCAAGCUCUGGGUGGUGCUGCGGCGCUACGGCGCCGUCGGCCUGCGCGCGCACAUCCGGCGCCACGUCGCGGCGGCCAAGUGGUUCGAGCGGACGGUGGCAGCGGACGAACGGUUCGAGGUGGUGGCGCCGAGGAAGUUCUCGCUGGUGUGCUUCCGCCUCCGGGCGAGCUUCGCAGGGGACGCCGACGACGUGAACCGGGAGCUCCUCGCGGCGGUGAACGCGAGCGGGCGAGCGUUCAUGACGCACUUCGUGGUGGACGGCAAGUUCGUGAUCCGGCUCGCGGUGGGCGGUGCCAUGGCCGAGAUGCAGCACGUCAUGGACGUGUGGGAGCUGCUGCAGGACAAAGCCGAGGAUGUUUUACAGCGCUAUCGACUCUAGGAGGCUCUCAACCUACAGUUUGGCGGAAGCUGAUUGCACGUCCACGCACACAAAUAUUCUUCACUCUAGGCAUUCAACGUUUGUAAC